ACUUAUUUAUUUUAGUCCCUUGUUAAAUCACAUUUUUCGAAAAUAACCUCUUAAAAUAAGUCUUUUAAACAUAUAAUAUUCUUAAGUACUAAAGAAGAUGUCAGAAAAAGAUAAAGCAAAAGUAAAUCAACCGAAAAAUAUACCAAAAGAUAGCCAGGUAAUUACAGCAAUAAUGAAAGAAAUGGGAAUAACCGAGUAUGAGCCAAAAACAAUAGUACAACUAACCGAGUUUGUCUACAAAUACGGAACAUCGAUUUUAGAAGAGGCCCGAACCUACGCGAACAAUUCAAAAAAGAAAAUCGAUCUUGAUGAUGUACGAUUAGCUUUGCUCCUUUCAACAGAAAGUAUGUUUACCAUGCCACCAUCGAGAGAGGUUUUAUUGGAAUGCUCCAGGAAUAAGAAUCACUCACCUUUACCAUUAAUCAAGCCACAUUGCGGGUUGCGACUUCCUCCAGACAGACAUUGUUUAUCUUCCACAAAUUACAUAUUAAAAGGAAAUCAAAAGAAACACAAAAUCAACUUUACCAUAGCCAAUGCGAGUCCUCCAAUGAAAGUGGCGACCAAGCAAAACAUCAAUUUCAUAAAGAGAACGAAUGCAAUCGGAAUUAACAAGCAAACGGUGACAAUACCGAAACCAAUCACUAAAAUCAGUACAAAUGUGGGUGGAAUGCAACCGCAAAAAACCGUUUUGAAACCUAAAAUUCAAAUUACACAAAACAUUAAUGUUACUAAUUUGGAAAGUCCUAUGGAUAUCGAUUCUGGAAAUGGGGGGAAAAGAAAACGGAUUGAUGAUGAUCUCGAUCAAAUGUAAUAAAUUAAAAAUUAAAAAAAUUUUUUGUUUUAUUUUUUAAUAAUUAGGAGAGGUUAAGGUUUUUAUGGUAAUAAUAAAACGCUAUCUUUAAUAAAGUCCAAUUUCUAUAA